CAGGGAGGGAAAGAGGGCUGCUUGGCGCCUAACUCAUUCGAAAACGAAAUCCAGACUCGGGACAUAUUUAGCGCGGCGGGGGCGGAGCGACAAUUAUCGCGCUCGGGCCAAGUGCAGCUGCGCAGAGUCGCAUUUCCGUCCCCGCCCCUGAGAGCCUGCAGAACAAUCUGUCAUGGCGGCCGGGCUGUUAGGUUUGUGCACUCGCCGCCUUUUGGCAGCAGCGGCGACGCGAGGGAUCCCGGCUGCCCGUGUUCGCUGGGAAUCCAGCUCCUCCCGGGCUGUGAUCGCCCCGUCCGCUGUGGUGGGGAAGCGGGGGCCAGAACCGACUACACGCUGGCAGGAAGACCCAGAUACCGAGGACGAAAACCUCUAUGAGAAGAACCCAGACUCCCACGGUUAUGACAAGGACCCUGCUGUGGACCUCUGGAACAUGCGAGUUGUCUUCUUCUUUGGCUUCUCCAUCGUCUUGGUCCUUGGAAGCACCUUUGUGGCUUAUCUGCCCGACUACAGGAUGCGCGAGUGGGCCCGCCGGGAAGCUGAGAGGCUUGUGAAAUACCGAGAGGCCAAUGGCCUCCCCCUCAUGGAAUCCAACUGCUUUGACCCCAGCAAGAUUGAGCUGCCGGAGGAUGAGGACUGACUGGUUGCCUAGUGGGGCUCAAGAAGCACCACCUUCUCCACCCCCUGCCUGCCAUUCUGCCCUCUCCUCAGAGCACCUAAUUAAAGAGACUGAAAAUCUG